AAGGGCGUUAAAAAAAUUUCAUAUGUUUACUUUAGCUUUGAUUUCAAGCGCCGUCUCUCUCUCUCUCUCUCGCUUUGGUCGUUUCUAUGGAAGCUAUGAUUCGCGUCGCCAUUCAGCUGUCAAAAACCGCCGCCGCCGCCGUUCGAACUCCGAGAUUGGGCUCCAGCUCCUGUUUCUCUCUUCUUUCUCCUUCAUCAUCCUCAUGGUUAGCUUCACCUUGGAGAUCACUUCACGUUGGAAUGGACCGCCCAAAUGCAAGCCCGGUCACUCGUCAGAUGAUCAAUUAUGCUCUAUCUCACGCUAGGUCUCAGAAAUCAGAUGAAUCGUACGCACAAGGUCUUCUGGUUCUGGAGCAGUGCCUCUCUGCUCAGUCGAGUGAAGGCCAAGAUGCCGACAACUCAAGGGGAGCGGUAUUGCUUGCGAUGUCUGCCAUGUUUGCUGAAAGAGGUGAUAUUCACGAUGCUAUAGAUAAGCUUCAGCGAAUUGAGGAUUUAGCACAUUGUUCUCUAGAUAUUAGAGUGGCUGCUCUUGAAGCACUUGCUGGACUUCAUCUCGAAUUAGACCUGGACGAUUCUUCAUCCGCUAUCGCCGAUAAAUGCUUACAACUAUUUGAAAAUAGUGAACUCGCUGAUGAUGGAAAUUCUGAAGUUCUGAGAGCUCGUGUGAAAGCUGUAAAAGGGCUGGUUGAGCUUGUCAAAAAUAACCUUGAUGCAGUUGAAUCAUUAUUUGAAGGGUUUCAAACAAUUGAAAGAUGUGCUGGUAGUGCUGCUUUUGCAUACGGAGAAUUUUUAGUGGCUUCACAAAACUUUUCAUCUGCAAAAGAGGUGUACCAGAAAGUAAUUGAGUUGGGAUUAGAAGUCAAAGAUUCGAGUGAGCAAUGUGCAUUAGCUGGUGGUAAUAUGUCUCCAAUGGAUGUGUUAGUGGCUGCGACUUGUGCUUUAGGGCAGCUUGAGGGGAAUUUGGGGAAUUUUGCUGAAGCCGAGGAUAUACUGACAAAUGCAUUAACUAAAACAGAAGAACAUUUUGGGUCUCACCAUCCGAAGGUUGGCGUUGUCUUAACCUGCAUAGCACUCAUGUUUCGACACAAAGCAAUGAAGGAGCAUUCAAGUUCACUUUUGAUUCAAGAGGGACUUUGCAGGAGAGCAAUGGACUUGAUGAAAGUUUCACCGAAAGGCACGGGAGAACAAUUAAAGGUGGACAGACGUGACAUAGCAAUCAUAGCUGGAGGUGCGUAUGCGGAGAUACUCGACGUCCAACAGAAUAGAAAGGCUGAAGGAAAGAUGAUGAGGAACUGGGCAGAACUUGCUUGGAGGAACCGCAGGAUAUCACUGGAAGAAGUACUAGACAUAAGUCAGCCUCCAUCCAAGGUGCCUAUUAUUGAUACUCGAAUCUGUAGGCUUAUUUGAUUUGCAAUAUUCUCGAGUUCUGGUUAUUAGGUAUCCUUACAGAAGUCAAGAGAGUGAGCAUAUUCUCAACGGUGACAAUGUUAUGUAAUUACUUAUGAAGUACAAUAACUUGAAGAUUGUAGAAUUCUCUGGUACAGUUGAAAGUCCUGUAUUACAGUUACAAUUUCAUUGUUUUUGUUUUUUCAAUAAAAGAACACAAAGGAUCUCAAGA